AUGAACUUCACUGAUGAUUCUCUACUUCUGACAAAACAAUCAACUUUUUUGGCGACCACUGAAAUUCCAGGAGAAGAUGAUUCGAGUUUCUAUGAGUUGUCUGGAAUUGAAUUGGCCAUAUGGUGCUUUCUCUAUAUCCUCAUUGCUUUCAUGGCAGUCGUCGGAAAUUUGCUAGUCCUUUACAUUACAUGUUUUCGUUUAAAAGUCCGAUCCAUCACCACGUUGUUCAUUUUAAACCUCGGAUUCGCUGAUCUUUUCGUCGGAAUCUUCGCGAUCCCAUUCAAAUUCCAGGCGGCCCUUUUUCAAGAAUGGUUCCUUCCGAAACCCCUAUGCCGGAUCGUUCCAUACGCGGAAACCGUUGCUCUCACUGUCUCCGUCUUCACUCUCGUCGUCUCUGCAGUUCAUGAGUUCCGAACCGUUUUCUUCUCGAAAUGCUCUCAAAUGAGCCCGAAAUCCGCGAAAAUCUGCAUUUUGCUCAUUUGGGUGCUGUCGGUGGUCGUGUCGCUUCCACACGGAUUGUUCCACAAAACCUACGAGAUGACUGAUGAAAAUGGUGUGAAGAUUGUGCAGUGUCUCCCAAUCUACGCCGACGAGAAUUGGUGGAAAAUGUACAACAUCUAUUUGGUCGUCAUUCAAUAUUUCAUCCCAAUGCUCAUCCUGGACACCGCCUACGCAAUGAUUGCGUUGAAAAUCUGGAGCAUGAGCAAAUCUAGAGUCGAAAUGGAUGAAACGAAACUGAACAAUCAAAAACUCAUGCGUACACUCAUCAUUGUCGUCGCUUGUUUCACAUUCUGCUGGUUCCCACUGGAGACGUAUCUUUUGCUGAAUGAGCUGAGACCGGAGAUCAAUGGAUGGAAGUAUAUCAAUUUGGUGUUCUUCUUCUCGCAUUGGUUGGCAAUGAGCAAUUCAUGUCUCAAUCCGAUUAUCUAUGGACUUUAUAAUACCAAGUAUAACGAGGAGUAUCGUCGAGUGUUCGGUCAAGUCGGAUGUUUCUGCUGUACACGUCGCAAAAGUUUGACGGAUUCCAUGAAACCGGAGCGCCGAUGGAACUCAUCGAACGAUGCCCAAGACCAACACGAAAUCGACCAGAUCGUCGACAUACCUUCCAUGAUUUCAGCUACUAAUAAUGGCGUUCCGCCCGUUUAA